AUGACGACCCGGGCGAGGCUGUCUUCCAUGAUCCGCGAUCAAGAGGAAGCCGUGCGGCAUCUGCUGGCAAUGCACCGGCAAGAGCUAGAGGUGGCGAUGUCCGAGCAUUUCGACGGCGGUGGUUCGGAUGAAAACCACCACAACGGCGGCUCUCUGAAUGGGAGGCCCUAUGCCGCCGGCGGUGACGAUGGAGCCGAGAAGGCGGCAUGGCAUCAUGAGGUGACUCAAGCAUGCUCCUAUCACCUCGGGCCACGCAUCGAGAAUGUGAGCUUCGUCCGAAUCGCGGCGCCGGAGACAAAGACGGACGAGCUGUUUGAGACAAAGGCGGGUAUUGCCGUGACCAUAGCGGAGGAGGCCCAAGGGCAAUCCGAGCGCUCCGAGAGGUCGGGACAGAGCUCGGAGAACAUCGUCAAGUCGGGGCGAGCGUCACAAGUGAGCGCUGCCGUGGCUCUCGUGGAGGAUACCGUGGAAGAGGUUGCUGAGUUUGUCGACUACGGACGCAAGCUGCUGCAGGAUCAGGGCCUGGGCUUCAAGGAGCUGGACUUGAUCGUGGGAGUGCUUAUCGCCAUCAACACCAUCGUGAUGAUGAUUCGGAAUGAAUACCUGGGCUACGAAGCGGGUGUCCUGCUAGGCCAGAUGGAUAGCAACCCUCUUUCGGGACUCAACGAAGUCCUGAUGUUUUUGGAGCGGGGCUUCGCCAUGGUCUUCCUGAUCGAGCUCGUCGUCCGCAUCCUUGUCCUCCGCUGCCACUACUUCUGCUCACUCUGGAACUGGUUUGAUGUGGUGCUGGUUCUCAUCAGCAUGUUUGAUCUGUUCCUGCUCGAAGCAAUGAUGAUCGAAUACGAGUUCACUGUGAACGUGACCAUGAUGCGCCUCGCACGGACGGUGAAGCUGGCGAGAGCUUUCAGGAUCAUGCGCACUCUGCGCAUGUUCGAAGGGCUGCGUGUCCUGGUCCACUCGGUCAGCGCUUUCCUGCCCUCACUCAUGCGGCUCAGCAUGGUAUGGGGUUUGCGGAUUCAUCUUGCUGUGGCUGAGUGGGCCAAUGACUCAGUGCUGAGGUUCUUUGAGGGAGGCAUAAAACACACCGUCGCUGAAUGCUGA